CCUGAUGUUACCCCAUGAGGAGGAAUACAGGAGAGUGCCAAGAGGUGGGAUGCACAUGGAUGUCUCAUGUCAAGUUCUCACAAUGGAGACAUCUGCUUUCAAACUACAGGGUAAUUUGAGUGAACGGGGGAGGGGAAUAAAACCCGCAGCAGUCACUCGGAGGUGUGGAAACCUCGGAGGAGGACAGAGGAGACGCGCACACGUGGAGGAACAAACGGAACUUCACUUUGGAGGUACUGGAGCAGCUCGCUCCUGGUUUUUUUGAGGCGCAAAGAUGGAACGGGGUGCGCGGAAUAGGUGACUGAAAGACGGGAGUGUGUUGUCUUUGAUAAGAGACUAAAAGCACCCUGGAAAGUGGACUCAAAGGGGAAGAGGAGGGUCAUGGAAAACCCCUGGAGGAGGUGGAGGAGAUGGAAGUUGUUGAGGAGCUCGUUGCUGCUUUGUUUAUUCACUGGUGGCAGUGAAGCCCAGUGUGAAGGCUGCAUAGAGUACUGCUGCGAUGGAACGCCGCCUUUCUGCUGCUCGUACUACGCCUACGUUGGGGACGUGCUCUCGGGAACUGCAAUCUCUGGUAUCGUGUUCGGCGUGGUGUUCCUGAUGGGGGCGGUGGCGGCCUUGUUCUUGUGUGUGUGCAUGUGCAUGAAGAACGGGAGGGGCGCACGAGUCGGCGUGUUCAGCACCUCCUACAUCAACACUGUGACCCAGGGAUACCCAGGUCCUCCGCCUCCGUACACCUACGACUACGAGAUGUACCCUUCUUCCCUGCACCCCCCGCCUUACACCCCAGCUCAGCCCCAGCCCGCCAGCUACUCUCCUCCUCCUCCGUACCCCGGCUGCACCCCCAAGUGAAUCUGUGGGACAGUUUAAAAGAAAUGCCUGGUUCUUACUCCCCUGGAGAAAGGUGUUCUCACAGUUUAAAAGGCCCUCUGUAAGGGGAAAGUGGGCCAGUGCAAUAUAUCUCCACAGGCAGGAACUCUCAGCAUCAUGCUGCUGCGGUUUUCUGCACAGCUGUAGACGUGAGGGGGAAAGCACACAAAGGCAUCCUCACAGCAGCCAGACUAGCCAGCUACUUGGACUUUCCCCCGUUAAUAUCCUACCUGUGCACAUCAUAGGUACUGCGCUGCUUUGAUGAAGGUGAAGACACCUUUUUCAGCAUGAAGAGGGAAGCUUACAUCACUGGAGGAGAGGAGCGUUUCCAGGACACGACAAGGACUCUGCUUUAUGAGAAGUGAAGGCAGGUGGAGAUCAGGUCUGGACCUGUCAUGUGUAGACACAAAGACUUGAAUAGUAACUGCAUAAUACUGACUUUAAUAGUACGAGCAACUUGAAAUAAUGUGUUUAAUGUAAAUGAAGUGGGUUUUAUUGCCUUACUUGAAACAAAUUGAAUUAAUUUUCAACCUUUGCAACUUUAUUGAAACUUGUGAAGCAUUUAGCUUUUGAACUGCUGUUGUAGGCGAAUAAAGGUUUCACAUUGAAGUGAACUGACCUUACUGUUAUUCAUAGUGGUAAGAGAGUCAGAGAUCUUAAUCUCAAACACACUCUUUUCUCAAAAGUGUAGCUUUUUUGAGGCAUUUUGAAAAUUGUUCUGCAUAAAAAGUUUUAGAAAAGGGUUAAAUCAAAACUUUAUGACUUAAAUUUGUCAGGAAUAUGACUUUGAAAAGUUAUAACAGAGAUUUGCAA